CUCCCUCUCCUCCCCACCUAGAACAAAACAGGAACAGGUAUAGAAGAGGGCGGUUCACUACAAACACACACACGUAAACUCUAAUGCCUCGCUCCAUGGAUCUGGUGCGUGGCUCUGAUGGAUAAGAGGAAGAGAGAAGGCCCACUGUUCUCACAUGGCAGGGAAAGGCAAGGCGGGAAGAAUGGCGGUGUGGAGGAAGAGGAAGAAGACUUGUUUGGAGAUGACGAUGAAAUAUUCUCCAUGAUUUCUGAGGAUAGCAUCUGGAUAGAGGAGACACAGGGACAGCAGGAGCCACAGCCAUCAACAAGUUUCCAGGUGGGGAGGCCACCACCACGACCACUGCCUCAGUCCGCACCAUUAGAGAGACUGCCACACUUUGACGUGGAGGCGGGCUCAACAUGGAUCUACCCAGUGAACUACCCGCUGAGGGACUACCAGUACUCCAUGGUGGAGAGCGCCCUCUACAGGAACACACUCAUCUCGCUGCCCACUGGUUUGGGGAAGACCUUCAUAGCAGCCGUGGUGAUGUACAACUUCUACCGGUGGUACCCAUCAUGCAAGGUGGUGUUCAUGGCACCCACCAAGCCCCUCGUCUCCCAGCAGAUUGAGGCGUGCUUCAACAUCAUGGGCAUCCCACAGGAAGACAUAUCCCAGAUGACUGGCACCCUCAAUCCAGAGAAGAGGACAGAGCAGUGGUGUACAAAGCGAGUGUUCUUCCUAACACCCCAAGUGGUGACCAAUGACUUGUGCCGAGGAAGCUGCCCGGCUAAGCUCAUCAAGUGUCUGGUGCUGGAUGAGGCUCACCGGGCACUGGGGAACCAUGCCUACUGCCAGGUUGUGCGUGAGUUGAAGGAACACGGGCAUGAUUUCCGCAUUCUAGCUCUCUCGGCAACUCCAGGCUCUGAUCUGAUGGCUGUCAAGCAGGUGCUGAGUAACCUGUACAUAUCCCAUGUGGAGCUGCGCAGUGAGGACAGUCCAGACAUCCAGGCGUACACCUUCCAGCGCAGUGUUCAGAAGAUGGUGGUGCCCCUCGGGGAGGAGCUUACCACCCUCAAGAACAGGUACCUCAAGGUUCUGCGAAUGUAUGUUACUAGGUUGCUGGAUUUAAAUGUCUUGCAUACCAGAGAUGAAACAACACUAACAAAAUUCCAGCUGCUCAAGUCUCGCGAGUGUUUCCGACAGAACAUUCCCAGCAACUUGCCGCACAGCAAGCUUGGCGUGGUAGAGGGACUGUUUGCCAUGUGCAUGACCCUCUACCACUCCUAUGAGCUGAUGCUGCAGCAUGGCACCAGGUCAUUCUACAGAUUUCUGAAAGAAGCACUGAAUGGGGAAAAGGGUAACUACUUUUUACGAGGAGAAUUGCGCAACAACAACUUGUUUCAGUCAAUAAUGAAUGAUCUUUCAAAAAAGUUUGAAGGUGAUUGUGUGAUGAGUCCCUCAAAGCAGAACCAGUCAGGACUGUUCUCUGUGAUUGGCUCUCCGCAGCCCACCAGUGGUGCUGGGACCUCCAAGGCACCUUUUGUCAUUAGUCAUCCUAAAAUGGCCAAGCUUCAGGAAAUUGUUCUUGAACAUCACCAAAAGUUUGCCAAUGAGGGAAAGUCAACAAGGAUCAUAAUAUUUUCACAGUACCGGGAGAGUGUGAUGGAGAUUACAGAGAUGCUGCAGCAACACCACCCAACUGUGAAAGCCAUGAGCUUCAUCGGCCAUGGCACCAAUUCCCAGAGCAGGAAGGGCUUGUCACAGAAGAAGCAGCUUGAGGUUGUGAGCAAAUUCCGAGGAGGCGACUACAACACAUUAGUUUCCACAUGUGUAGGAGAGGAAGGCUUGGACAUUGGAGAUGUGGACCUGAUCGUGUGCUAUGAUGCCCCCAAGUCUCCCAUCAGGCUGGUGCAGCGCAUGGGCCGCACAGGCAGACAGCGCGAGGGCCGCAUCGUGGUGCUGGUCACCGUGGGUAAGGAGGAGCAGAAUUACAAUGCAAGUCAGCACCAGAAGAAGACAAUCAACAAUGCCCUAGCAAACACCAGCAAGCUUGCCCGCUACCUCACUCCCAGCAGCCCCCGCAUGGUGCCCUCAGGUCUUUCACCAUCCUGCCUCAAGCUGCACAUGAAGGUGGACGCCUGGAAGACCAACAUUAAGGCUGGCAAAGGUACUCCCAGAGGCCGGGGCUCCAUUCUGUCCAUGAUGUCAAGGACCAGCGCUGCCACCUCCAAGGCUGGCCAGAGAGCAUCCUGGAUGUCUCAGGAGGAGUGGCAGUGGUGCAGGAACAACAAGGUGCCUCAGGAGGACAUCAGGACACUUCCUCCUCCCUCCCUCAUGUGUCUGGAUGCUUCCAAGUACACGUUUGACCGCAAGAGGCACAUCAACCUGGGCAGCUACCAGCCGUGGCAGACCCUCCCCCAGAAAACUCACCUGGUGGGCCACUCCCCGCUCACCCGCCACCUGGUGGAGGUGACAGAGUUCAUAGGUCUGCAGCAGCUUGUUGGUGCUGACGAGGACCCGUAUGGCCUGGAGAUGGCAGCAUUCCUCGACAAGGCUUAUGUGGAAGAUGAUGAGGACAUUUACCACCUUAGUCCUGACUUCAAAAAAUCAAACAACAGACAAGAUCAAGAAGACAAAAUAGAGAAUAAGAGGAAGAGAAAGCAAAAUGCUCUUACGAAUAAGAGAAAGAAACCAAAGGUUGUGCAGAGUUCUCUCAUCACUGACAUGUUCAGCAAGAUGACUCAGUCCCAGGCAAAGAACAGAGAGGAUAAUCACUCAAAAGAGGAAGCCACAACGAGGCGAGUGGUGGGGCCAGGCCAGGCUAGUGUUAAGACCAGUGGUGGGACUGCCAGUGUUGUGCAGGUGAGAGAUAAUGAUGGUGAUGAUGAUGAUGAUGAUGUGAUAUGUCUGAUGGAUGACAAUGAUGACUUUCAAAGCACACCAAAGAGUGUAGCUGUGUCUCAGAGUGACAGACAUAAAUCUCUGGCUAAGAUGGAGCCCAGCAGAAAUAAUAUACUUAACAAGAACCACACCAGAAAGAUUGAAGAUGAAACACCAGGUGACACUAAAGGUCAGUUGUUGUUACCUGUACCAAGUGGAAGUGUUGUGUCCAUUGGCCUGCUGAGUCCUCCGCAAAGCAGUGAUGAUGAAGAGAUAGAAGAACCAGACAGUCCAUCAGAACCCUUAGAAUUCUGCAGUAAAUGGGUGACAAGGAACCAGAAGAAAAUGUCACCAUUGAAACAAAAGAUUAAUGCUUUGUCUUGUUCUAAGGUUGUGUCGGUGGCUCAGACUGUUGGUGCCAGUAAGCAUGCUAAUAAUGCUGCCAGCAGGUUAAUAGAUGAUAAUGAUGACAAUGAACAACAACUAGACUCUUCAUUGUUCAGAAUUGUAGAAACUUCCCCAGUUAUUGGUAAAUCUCAGUGUACCAAAAACAAGGUCAUGACAAAUAUUAGUGACAGUGGAAACCAGUCUCUUAUUACUCCUGGAGAUGCUGCAAACUUGAUGGAACUUGACACAUCUCCAAUUGUUGGCAGAGGUGGCACUCAGCACUCUGCCUCAACUCCUAAGCUUGUCUCCAAGCGCUUGUUCAAGAAGUUCACUCCUGGACUGUCUGCUGUCGGGGAGUUUUCUCCCAUACCCUGGAAGGAUAGCAGUGCCUCCCCCAGUGGUGUGGGUCACUCCUCCAUGAGGGGAGGUAAGGGCCAGCAAGACACUCCCCAGCAGGCUGCCCCGUGUCGGGACCCCUGCAACAGAUUCAGGUCUAAGCUGAGUAGAUUUGCCAAGCCUGAAGUACCUGAGUCAGAAUCCAUUGCUGAGAUCACCAAUGCUGACAAAUCCAAAGCUGUUAAUGAAAUUCCUGUUGUAGAAGGAAGUAGGAAAACCCUUCCUAAGAAAUUAUCUUAUGAUGUAACACACAGGGAAGAGGAAAUUGCUCUUGAACCUAAUAAACAUGAAAUUCCAAAAAGUAAUCUUAAUCAGAAAUUUGAUGAAGUAAAAGAUAUUGAAUGUUUACAAAAUGAAUGCAAAAAUGAUUCCAGCUUUCUUUUCAAAGACCUCAAUACAACAAACUUAAAGGAAAAUAAUGGGAAACAAAUACCUGAGGAGAAAGAUGAAGAGGACGUGAUGUUCAUCGGCUGCAGUAACAUUUCACACUCAGGAGAUUUACCUCAGUCAUCUCAGAAAUCAAGAAGAGAAAACAUCAUUCCAGGAAAGAUGAACACAACAAACACUGUGCGUGGAGGAAGAAGUGAGCAGGCUUUUCAGGAUGCCAAAGUGAAAUCCACCAAGGAGGGCAAUAAAUCUCUUGAAGCUUCUGUCAGCACCUCUCCUGAUCUGAUGGAGGACUGCUCUCUCUUUGAACACAUGGCAGAGUUUGGUGUUGAGCCAGCCACAGCCAAGUCCCCAGCACCAGAAGACCUUAACAAUUCAAGCUAUGGACUGAGCAUAACACAGGUUCUCAACUUCAUGAAUGACAAAUCUGAUUGCAGUACACAGCAGGCCUCCACCUCUAAUGUAUUUCCAAAACCUUCACCGAUUCAAUCCCAAAAAGUGCAGAGGAAUAACAGGCAGUCAGUGAGUCAUUUGUCAUCAAAGUCUAAGCUGAGUUUGCGUAGGAACAGUCAUCACGAAACAGGAGCUAAGAGUGACAGGUGUGAAUUUCCUGGCACAUCGACCAGUACUCAAGCUCGUGAUGGUCCCAGAUUGCCUUUCAGUAGAACUCGCCCAAACCUGCCUGGUAAAAGUAAUGAUGCUACUGAACAGAAGAAACAACAGCAGCAUGUCAAGGAAAAGCAUGUCUCUUUUUGCACUGAAGAGAAUGAUGAGUUUGAGGAAAUGUCAGAAUCUCUCCUUGCAGACGUAGAGCUCAAACUCAUGGAAGUACAUCGUGGUGUGAAUGGUGUGACUUGUGGAAGUGAGGGAAGUAGUAAGAAUUCAAGCACUAUUCUGUAUCCAAUGUCUGAUAGAAGUGAGGAGCAGGCAGACAGAACACAUGAAGGAAGCAAAGACCUCUUCACCACAAGACUCUUUUCAAAUGGACCACAAAAGGAUGCUAGAGAAAGUAGCAAAUUUAUGUCCCCAACACAAGCUGAGAUAAGAGAAAACAGCAAACUAAUGUCUCCAACUCAAGCUGAUAUAAGAGAAUGCAGCAGAUUGAUGUCUCCAACAGAAGCUAAUAUAAGAGAAAGUAGUAAACUUAUGUCCCCAACACAAGCUAAUUUAAGAGAAAGUAGUAAACUCAUGUCACCAACCCAAGAUGAGACACAGCUUCUUAUUACAAGAAAGCGCAAGGCAUACCAUGUGUUGGGGUCUGACCAGGAAGACUCCAUCCUCACCAGUGACUCAGAGAAAGAUGUGUCCAAGGCAUCAACCACCUCGGGAAGCAGCAGAACCAGCACCGUCAGUACGUGUGUGACGGCUCCAGUGAGGAGGGCCGUGGCGGAGCAGAUGAGGAGUCAGUUUGAUGAUGAAGAUGAUGACUUUGUGCAAGGUCCCGGCCACCCUCCAUCCAAGCAGCAGAAAGUGAAUAGUAUCCUAAAGAAGAGGAAGAAGAAGAGGAGGAGGCUCGAGUAUCUAGAUGAUGAGGCGGAGAUAUCAGUGGACGCUGUGGGUGUUUCCAGCGAUGAGUCCAGCGAGGAUGAGAAAGAUUACGACCGCAGCUUUGUGGAUGAUGGGACGUACCUCACACAGGACAAUGCACAAGAUAUGAGGGCCAUUUACCUGAGGUCAGUUGUGAGUCCUAUGAAGGGCAAGGCUCACCUUGACCUUCCCCAAAUCAAGUACGACUACCUCGAUGACUCAAACGCCAGUGAGGGUGAGGAGGGCGAGGACAGCUUUGUGGUGGACAACAGCUUUGUGGAGUACGACACGGAAUACAUUGGGGAGACGAUGCUGGCGGAGGACCCCAUCAUUAACCAGGCUCUUCAGGAUCAAGGAAACUCCAAGAAAACCAAAGAUGCUGCCACUGGAAAUAAAGCAAAAAGAAAAAGAAUAAUACUGAAUGAAUCAACAAGUGAAGAAGACACAGAGAAUGAGCGUAGUCCUGUGAAGGCUCCGGUGGGGAGGACACAGCCUUUGCAUCAAGUCAGUGGGCUGAGUGGAAGGAGUCAAGUCAGGAACACUGCUGUGGCUGGCAACCAGAACACACCAAGCUGCUCUAGAGACAGUCUUAAUGACAAAGUAGACUUAGAGAUAAUCAUGGAAUCAAAACCAUUCAGACCACCUCCAGGCCCCUCCAAGCAGUCUGACAAAGUGCUUCCUGUCACCAGCAGAAGUGAACAAGGAUUUAUGAGCAGCAGUAGACCUCAAAGCACAAGUUCUCGAGUCAGUAAAAGCAAUUAUGUUCAGCAAGCAACAAACAAAGGUGGCAGUGCAGUGAGUGGACAGCAGGCAGCUCAUGGUGUAGGAAGGAGUGUGGGACACCAAGAGAGGGCUAGUGGUGGUGGUGGGAGUGGGAGUGGGACAAGCAAGGACACCACUGGGAAGGUUAUUAGUGAGAGGCCAGAGGUAUCGAUAAUUUCCAGCUUGCUAGCCAGCCCCACAUCACCCAUGGGUGGCUGCCACUCACUCCUGCCAGUCUCUCCUCAACUCAACGUGUCUGCCGGCAGCUUCUUUGUCUCUGCCGAGCCUUACAAUUCAAGCUUCUCCAGCAGCCAGUCUUCAGGGAGCAGCACGCCGCAGGAAGCUGUGGGUGUUCUGGUUGACUCGAGUGAAGUGAACAGUGGGGGCAAUGUGUUGUCACGGCUCAGGCUGCGCUACAAGGCCCACACCGCAGUGGUCCACCUCACCCACGCUCAUUAUGCUGUCUCCACGCGCAUGGCUGUGGCCAGGCUCCCUGCCACAAUGUUGAGCAGCAGCCAGCACAGGAGUCGCCUGGUGGAGAGAGUGCAGGGCAUGCUGGAGCUGUAUGAGCGACCCGUCCUCAUCGUGGAAGAUGAGGCGGACAGGGGCAGCCCGGCACGUCAGGCACGCUCCCGCUACCAGGACACCAUCGUGUGUGCCUGCAUCCAGGUGACAGCCCUCACAGUGCUCUACUCCAAGGACCAAGAAGAAACAUCUCAUUUGUUGUGGCAGUUACUUCUACAGGAGAAAACUAGAGGGUUUAAGAUAUCAGUUGUACCUACUAUGACCAAAAAAAGGCAACAGAUGGCAAAGUUCUACCUCACUCUGCCAAACAUUGGUUACCCCACCGCUCUGACCCUGGCCCAGAGGUUCUCCACAGUCAGGGAGUUCAUCAACAGUUCAGCAGAGUGUAUACAGGAGAAGGGCAGGAUGUCCCUGGAGCGUGCCAUGGCCGUGAAGCAGCAGCUCACCAGGCGGUUCAGGGAGGACAUGCUGCCCUGACCUGUGCCUCCCACACUGUUGUGACAGGUGAGGAGCAGCUGGUGGUCAUACAGGUUCAUAUCAGCUGCUUGUGGCUGUCAAGGCACACCACGUUUCUCUUAUUACUGUCAUAAGGUGCAUUUCAGGAUGACACCAGUGGAGUGUUUUGUGCUAGAAUUUCAACACUUACAAUUCUGAAGUUUUUAUUACAUUAAGUUUUUUAGGGGGAGUGUGUCAGCUGUGGGUGGUGCAGCAUGCAAAGAACCUGUGCUUUGUGGUGGUGAUCUGGUAAUGUGAGUGGUUAAGAAUUUUAUUUAUCUUAAACAACUUCCAUGAACUUAAGCAGUAUUCAGAUGGAGGUGACUUGCUCUGUGCAAUAUACUUUUAUUUCUAUAUAUAUUUAUUAUUUUUUUAUUGGAAUAAGUUUGCUGGUAGUGGCCAAGUCUUGACUGGCUAACGAAAAUUAAUAAAUAAGCCACAGUAUCAUAAUGAGGCAGUCACUGAUAAGGAGAAAAGGAAGCUGCUAAUCCUUCAGUGUGGGUAAUGUUAAUAAUGCAUUGUUGAUACUUGAAUGAAAUAAACACCAAAGGAAGCAUUUAUGAAUCUACCAGUAACUAAGACAAGGAGGACAGAGUGUGGCCUUCCUUCACAGACUACUGAAGGAACAAGUGUGUGUCCCAAUACUCAGUCUUGGCAAUGCUGUGAUUUAGUUCAGGUUUCUGUAUAUGGCACUGCCCCACUCAGUGAAGACAGAUGCCUCAGAAUAAUUGGCGAGACAUUCAAUUUGACUGAGUUCAGUUGUGGUUCAGGAAGCAUCAUUACAAGCAGAAUUUACUGAACUGCUGCUGGCAUGGUGUGUGUGUGUGUGUGUGUGUGUGUGUGUGUGUGUGUGUGUGUGUGUGUGUGUGUGUGUGUGUGUGUGUGUGUGUGUGUGUGUGUGUGCCCUUGCUGUGGUGCUGUGUCUGUGCCUUAUGUAUGUAUGUCACUGAAAGGAUCCCAUGGAUACACUACAUUAUUUGUAAACCACUCAACAUAUUAACAUUAAGCAACUUGUCUGUGAUAUUAAGAUAUUUUUUUACAUUCUUCUACAUUUGGUUUCCUUAAAUAUUUGUAUGUAGUAAUUGUGUAGUAGUUGUUAAGUCUGUGGCAGUAACUUAAGGAACUCUGAGGGUGAGAAGUGGUCUUGUGGUGAGUGUUACAUAGAUUGGAGCAGUAUGAGCCGGAUCCAUUACUGGGGUCUGUCAUGGCUACUGAGUCUUAUUAUUACCUUCUCAGAGCAGGUGAUGUUUGUCAUUUCCUUCUUCAUAGGAGCUCCAUUGGCUAGAUUUGCCUCUUGAUGUCUUUCAGGCCUCCUUCCUGACUUCCUCCUUCAUGUUUGGUGUGCUCAGAGAUAGUGAUAAAACCUGCUGAGCUCAGUCAGUGAAACAUUUGUACUUUGUGCAUAUUUGUGUCAUCUUAGGAGUUGAUGACUGUAAGCUAUAGUGAUGGAAGAUCUGUUCUAUUUAUUGUGAAGUCUUCAAAACAAUUGUGAUAAGGGUUAAGAUGAGGGCAAGUAAUGGUAUCUUUAGGGUUUGAGUCUCUUCCAAAGCAGUGUUACUCUCAAGCUCAAGUGUUGUCAUAUUCUGUUUCAUAGACCACAUUUUUUUUAUAUCAUAUGGAAUAAAACAAAAAAUUGCAUCCCCACAUUUACUUAUAAACUUUGAUAUUAAGUGUACAUAACACUGAUUAUCUGGUAUUUAUAGAUACUUCACCAAAAAUUGAAAAACAUAUCAGAUCAAAAGAAAUAGAAAAUUUGGUUAUGUCUGCUAAUGGCUUUAGAGUUAGCAAAGGUGCAUCUCUUCAUAGUGAUAAGACUGAGGGUAAUUUUGCUAUGUAUAACAACCAAACAUUGAUGUUAACAGUGCUACAAAGAUUUUCUUUGUACUUCAUGUAUUUCAUACUGAAACGAGUCCUGUGGUGGCAAAGGAGGUUGCCGGUGAAGGCAGCACCACCAGGUGAACCACACACCCUAGGCUGUAAAUUCUUGUAACAAAAUAAAUAAUAUAUUUAUCUAA